UUUUUAUCGCCAAAAAAAAGGACAUUUCUUCAAUAUAUUCUAAGGCGGCGAAUGCGAUCGGGAAUUUCAUCCGCCGCGGCCGCUCUGUGGAAAUGGGCGGAGAAGCCGAGCAAGAACCAGAGGAGGCUCGGCGUCUCAGAGAACUGGCGGAGACGAAGUUCAAAGAUUCCAAUCUGAAGUCUGCUCUCAAGUAUGCGAAGCGAGCCAACCGCCUCGAUCCAAACCUCGACGGCGCCGCCGAGAUGCUCACCUCCUUCCACAUUCUCCGAGUCGCCGCCGACUCUCCGGACGACUGGUACCGGAUUCUUCAGGUGGAGCCCUUCGCUCACAUCAACACUAUCAAAAAACAGUACAAGAAGCUCGCCCUGAUUCUGCAUCCGGAUAAGAAUCCCUACUCCGGUUCCGAGGAGGCGUUCAAGCUCGUCGGCGAGGCGUUUCGCUUUUUGUCCGAUAAGGUUAGGAGGACGGAGUACGAUUUGAAGCUCAGGAUUCGGAUUCAGGACGAGAAGAUUGGAGUCGCGGACGCGGAGAGGGAGACGUUUUGGACUGCUUGCUCGACGUGCCGGCUGUUGCACCAGUUUGAGAAGAGGUACGUAGGCCAUAAUUUGGUGUGUCCUAGUUGUAGGAAGAGCUUUAAGGCCGUCGAGGUUGUGGCUGAUGAGCCUGAUUGUAGAGAAAAUUCGGACAUGGUUAGGGGUCGAAGGUUAAGGAAUUUGAGCUCUAGGCAAAAUUCUGGUAGUUUUCAGGGCUUACAAGAUUCUAGCUCGAGGCAAAAAGUGAGGAAAAUGAGUGGUGAGGAGCAGAAAGGUCUGGAAGUGAAUGGAAAAUCUGCUAGAAAUGGCGAUUUGGAGGAGGGAUUGGAUAGUGAUGAUGAAAUAUGGAGUGCUAGAAGAUUAAGAAGUGGGAGUAUGAGGAAGAAGAUGAGUAGUGUUGAUGAUAUUUUGCAGAGGUCUAAGAUGAAGCCUGUUAAGAUUGAGGAGGAAAUGAUGACUUUAGCUGAAUUAAAGUCUCAGGUGAUUCAGAAAGCUCGAAAAGCGAAGAUGAAACUGAAGUUAAAGGAGGAGGAAGCUGAAGAUAGAGAAAAUAAGAGGAAGAAAGGGGUAAUUGGGGAGGAGGAUAGACUAACUUUGAAAGAGAUGGAAAGUUUACUACGGAUUAGUCGACAGGGAGCAUCGAAGAGGACCGGGGUUUCCGAAAAUGCAAAACACAGGAAUUCCAAGAAGGGUACGAAUCAAGGAGCUUCUGCUUCUUGUAAUGGAGGUGAUUUGGAUAUGAUGGUGGUGGAGGAUUCAGAUUUUUAUGAUUUUGACAAGAACAGGAUGGAGAGAAGUUUCAAGAAAGGGCAAGUGUGGGCAAUAUAUGAUGAUGAUGAUGGAAUGCCUAGGCAUUAUGGUUUGAUUGAACAAGUUACUGCAAACCCAUUUGAGGUGAAAAUGAGUUGGUUGGAAAUUCAAAACAAUGGGGAUGAAACACUAAUUUCUUGGGAGAAAAUGGGAUUUCAUGUCUCUUGUGGUAGAUUUAAGGUUUGUGAUAAAACAGCCAUUGAUUCACUGAACAUUUUUUCUCAUGCUGUGGAUUGCGAAAGAGCAGCAAAGGAAGUCUAUAGGAUUUAUCCCAAAAAGGGGUCAGUAUGGGCACUUUACAAAGAAGAAGAAGCUUUGGAUGCAGAGAAAAGAAGAGAGCUUUCGAGUAAAGAGAAGCGAACUUACGAUAUUGCAGUGUUCUUAACAACUUACAGCGAGAUGCAUGGUUUGAGUAUGGCUUAUCUUGAGAAGGUUGAUGGAUACAAGACAAUAUUUAAGAGGAGGGAGAUUGGUUAUCAUGCUAUUAGAUGGUUCGAAAAGGACGAUAUCCGAUUAUUUUCGCAUCAAAUUCCUGCUCGGAUGCUUUGCGCUGCAGAUGAGGCUCUUGGUCUUAGGCAUCUGAAGGACUGUUGGGAACUUGAUCCAGCUUCCCUGCCUUCAGAUUUGCUAACCACCUGCUGGAGCACAUAGCAUCUGAGUACAAAACUCCCAUGCUGUUUGGGUUCGACCAUAUCUUAAUAUUGCUGGUGGCGUUCGAGCAAACAAAUUAUCGGGUAUGUACUCACUACCUAUGUAGGUUUAAUCAACCAAUGCAUUAUGAUUUGUAGCAUGAGAGGUAUUGUAGUGUAAAUCAAAAGCACAGUCUCUUCUACCCAUAACCAUAGUAGUUUCUUCAUAUUUC